AUGUUUCAAGAUAUUGGUGUGAGUAAAACAUUAAUAUUUGAAUAUGAAAAAUAUUGUCAAAAUCAUCAUGUAACUGAUAUAGUUGAUUUUUCGGUAAUGGUACUUAGUUCAAAUUCAUGGCCAUUUUCUGGUUCAUCGAAUUUUAUAAUACCAAUUGAAUUAAAAUCAACAUAUGAUAGUUUUACAGAUUUUUAUACUCAUCGACAUAAUGGUCGAAAAUUAACAUGGCUUCAUCAACAUUCAAAAGGAGAAUUACAAACAUUUUUUACAUCACAAAAAUAUAUAUUACAAGUAUCAACUUAUCAAAUGGUAAUUUUGUUAUUAUUUAAUAAAGUAUUGACUUGGACAAUUGAACGACUUCAAGAUGAAACACAAAUUAAAUCAGAAUUAUUAUUACAAGUUCUAUUGGGUUUAUUAAAAAGUAAAUUAUUAAUAUGUACAGAUAUAACUGAAGACGAAUUAGAUGAAGAUUUCAAAGAUACUGAUCUUAAAAUGAAUUAUUCUAUUCGAUUAGCAACUGAUUUUAAAAGGUAUAUAUUUAUAUUGAUAAAUUUAAGAAAAAAUACACGAACUCAUCAAGAUAGUUAG